AUGUCCGGCGCGUCUAGUACCAACAGCACCAGGAAAGGACAGGUGAUCAAUGUGUUCUCCAUUGCUUCUGGUCAUCUUUAUGAACGUUUCCUAUCGAUCAUGAUUCUGAGUGUGCUGAAGCAAACCAACAACCCCGUCAAGUUCUGGCUAUUCGAGAAUUCACUCUCACCGACCUUCAAAGACUUUCUGCCCCAUUUCGCGGAAGAAAAGGACUUUGACUACCAGUUGGUGACCUACAAAUGGCCUCAGUGGUUACGCGCCCAAACAGAGAAGCAACGUAUUAUUUGG